AUGUAUGCAGCCCAGUUCCUGCAGACGGUCUCCAUGGAGCCCGCUGAGGAAUGCUUUUCUGAAACAGUAAUUGACGACAAAACCGAGCCCGCAAAGGGUGUGAGCAGGCCAGCUCCACUAGCCGAGCUGCGGGCCAAGGGUUUCCUCAUCCUGCACUUUACAGCAACCAGAGUGAAAUAUUUAUGGGCCGCGGGCGCCCUUCCUGGCCUCCUCCAGGAGGUCUUGUCGGUCAGCCCCGAGGGCCCCGGGCAGGAGCUUCCAUGCUCCGUGCGCUGGAACCGAAGAGUUCGGCUUGUGUGUGUUGCCUUUCUCUCCGCCUUGUUCCAAAGCCAGGCUCUGCGCAAACAAGCUUUGCUCUUUCCGCCAUCUUUCCGUGCUGCCACAGUGGUGCGCAUGAACGUCCUGGCCGACGCACUCAAGAGCAUCAACAAUGCCGAGAAGAGAGGCAAGCACCAGGUUCUCGUCAGGCCGUGCUCCAGAGUCAUCGUGCAGUUCCUGACCGUGAUGGCGAAGCAUGGCUACAUUGGCGAAUUUGUGAUCACUGAUGAUCACAGAGCGGGGAAAAUUGUUGUCAACCUCACAGGCAGGUUAAACAAGUGUGGCGUUAUCAGCCCCAGAUUUGAUGUGCAGCUCAAAGAUCUAGAAAAGUGGCAGAAUAAUCUGCUCCCAUCCUGUCAGUUCGGUUUCAUUGUACUGACAACCUCAGCUGGCAUCAUGGACCACGAGGAAGCAAGACGAAAACACACAGGAGGAAAAAUUCUGGGAUUCUUUUUCUAG